AUGAAGACCUCAAGCCCGGUCCUACUUGCAGCCCUUCUGGCUGAGGCGGCGCUCGGCCGCCAGAUACCUCAGAAUGUUCGCAAUUUGUACGACUCGAUCCGGGUGCAAAAGGCCUGCAACAUCGAGCUGAAAGGUGGCUUUUAUAGCCAAGAACAAGAUUCCAAAAAUUUUGGAUACUGUGGCGAUCAUCUUUCUGACUAUGGAAUUAUCUAUCUUCAGGGCAAAAACGGAGAGCUCGUGAACAUGGAUAUCGACUGCGAUGGCGCUUUGGGAGACGGCGAUGGGAGCUGCGACAGCUCCAACGAUACUCAAGGACAGACGACAUUCCAAGCAGAUAUAGAGGGCUACGGGAAAGGCAUCAAGGACCUGAAUGCUUACGUCCACUCCUAUGUUGUACUAGGUAAUGAUGGCAGCAAGCGUGAUUACAUCACUUUCAAGCCUGAACAGUAUGGCGUGGAGCCUCUGUCUAUUGUGGCCGUUGUCUGCGGUAACAAGAUGUUCUACGGGGUAUGGGGCGACACCAAUGGCGACGAUGGCCCUCCUCUCGUUGGUGAAGUGUCUGACUCGCUUGGAAAAGCCUGCUACGGUGAUUCUGUGAAUGGAAACCAAGCUCACGACGAAAAUGACAUUUUAUACAUUGGGUUUACCGGGGCGGAUGCAGUCCCAGGCGCUAGCGGCGCUCAAUGGGAUGCUGAUAGUUUCGACUCCUUUGAGUCGUCUUUGGGAUCACUUGGCGAGCGACUGCUGCAACGCAUCGGCGACGGCAAUAAUGGCGGUGGUCGCAGCCCUGGCAACUAG